AUGCAAAACCAACCGAAUAGUGUUGAUGGAACAAGAGGAGCUGCGGUUGGUUCUUCCAACAACCAUGCUACUCACGAUCAACAGCAAAACACAACUACAACAGGUGGAUUAAUGCCUCCCCCCACUUCAACAAACGCUUCAUCAUCUGAUGGAAGAAUUCCGAGACGUCUUCUUAUGCAAGCACACAAAAGACCAGGAACAGAAUUUGUUCCACGAGAACGUCCUAGAGAAUCCUUUGAUGAUGUUUUAGCAAAUCAUCAAAUUGGAAAACGUUCAGGACAGAGAUUAAUCCCCGUAGCCUCCGACAAUCCUUUGGAUUUUUUUGAAGUUAACACUUACUACUAUUUAAAUCAAGCUCAAUCAAAAGAUGAUGAUAAUUCAGUGUUAUCAUCAUCCAUUUUAACUGUUCGUGACAGUGACAGUGGUAUGAGUAUGAUCAGUUCAAAGACUGGACAAUCCGUUUUUUCAUCAAGUGAAGAAGAACAGUCACCCGAGGAAGAACUUGCUGUUUCAACACGUCAAGACAUCGAAGAACAUAUGGAGGAAGUCACAUCAACUUCUGAAGAUGGAGGUUCUGUAAAAGUAGCUACAUCUAAGCCUGCAACAAAAUCAACUGUAAAAAUUAGACAACAUGUAGAUACUCCCAAAAAGCAACUAGAAAUAUCUAAAAUUACUACAAAAGAAACGGAACAAGAUAAAUCCAUUCUGGAGGAUAUAAACAAGCUAGCAAGUUCGCCUAACACAAUCACAUAUUCAGAACCAAUAGACUUUGGAAAUGAUAUUGGACUGGGAAAUACUGUGGGAUUUGAAACCGAACAAGACCAGGAUGCGUUGUUGAAUGAAGAGAUUUUUAGCUCUCAACAGAAGAAGACUAAAUAUUCACGAGAAGAAAAUGAAGACAGAGCAUUCUCGAGUCAAAGUUUACCUAGUGGUCGGGUUGAUUUGUAUCAAGAUGAAGCUGAUUAUUUCUCACAACCCUUGGAGCAAUCAUAUAUUUCUGAAAAGUAUAUUCCCAGAGAAAGGAUAGAUCUGCAUGAUGAUGAUUUAGAUGAUGAUUUGGCAAAAGAAGUAGAAGAAGAGAUGGAAAGAGUAGAUCAAGACUAUCCAGAAUAUGAGGAGCAAGAUACAGUAGACCUGAAUACGACCAUGGAUAAUACAUUGGCCACAGUAGACUUGGUCACCUCUCAACAAGAAAAAGUUGUUGCCCAUGGAUUGAAGCAUGAUCUUACAAUAGAAAAUACUGUACCUGAAAAAUUGAGACCUCGUCUUACUACUCCCUGUAGAUUUUGGCAAAAUGAGAGACCUAUCGCUGAAGAAACUGGAAAAUUGAGCAAGAUUAGACCUCUUGUGAAAAAUCCUCCAGCAAAAUCAAAAGCACCACAGGCAUCCAAGAAGAAAGCCAAAGUCUCUGAAGAAUAUGCAAUUGUUUCAUUAAGACAAGGAGUUUUUGAUGUGAUCAAUGAAAAUUAUGAAGAAGAAAAGGUCAAAAUAGCUGCCACUCCUGAAAUGGUAAUGGAAACAAAUUUCAGGUUCAACAAAGAUGGUUCUGAAAUUGGCUUCUCAACUGACAUUCUUCCAGCUAACUCAACCGCUAAGCCUCACAUGACCAUGUUCAGUUUACUCAAUGACAAGGGAAUUUCUACAGGUACACUCAUCAUUCAGCCGGGACAGGUGAAGCCAAGUACGGACACUGGUAUCCACUCUGAAAUAUUUUACUGCUUAAGUGGAAGUGUUUCUGUAAGAGUUCACACAAAUCCUCCCGUUCUCCUGAAACGAGGAUGUGUAUUGCAUGUACCACCUCACAAUGCCUAUUCCAUGGGAAAUGCUGGUAACACAGCAUGCAAGCUCUUCUAUGUAUUUGCAGACAUGGAAUACGAAGAGGAAGAUGAGCAAGCCAACACAACUAUCACUAGAGCCCCAGAAAGCCAUCAUCGCCCAGAGCAUGAAGAGGAGCAUCAUGAAGGAAGACAGGAACCAAAUCACAAGACCACCCGUCCACCAACUGAUAUCAUUGAUGAAAGUGUGUAA